AUGUUUAUAUUCAAUGAAAACCUCUCACGUGUCCGUAGAAAACGUUUUCUAUACUAUUAUUUUUCACUAUUUCUCGCAAUUGCGUAUCCAACAUUCCUUUACUUAGGUCUUGUUGUCAUUUAUCCAUGUGAUAGUACUCAAUGGGAUUAUGCAUCCAUCUUGUGCGGUCUAAGCAAUUGUUAUCUUGAAAAUAGUUAUCUGUUAGUGACACUGGACUGGGCGUUAGACAAUGGAAUGCGACUACUAGUUAUUCUUGUACUUAUCCUGCGAGUUGUUUAUAAAAAACGUCGUUUACAACAAUCUGUAUGGUGGAAAAAACAGAGACGUAUGACAAUUCAAUUAUUAAUGAUUUCGUCUUUGUAUUUUAUCGCAGUGAUCGAACAAAUUGUGGACUCAAGUUAUGCUACUGAAAUUCAGGCCAACUACGUGUUUGAACUUCUCUACCUUAUUUGCCUCUUAAUGCCAAUACUUUGUAUUGCAAUUGUUUUAGAGUUUCACUGA